AUUACUUUCAGAAUAAUAUCUGAACAUGUCCUGAAAUCAAACAAAAACAGCCGAAUUCGGAGUUCUCCGCCCCAGAUCGGCCACUACUCGGAUCCUUUUACCAUUUCUGAUCACUUUCUGUUUGGGUUCGUGGAAAAUUUUCUGAUCAAUCAACGAAUAACUCCAUAAAAUUCAAUUAGUUCGUUCUCUGAAGUUUGACGACUUUCUGAUCCUCGGUGAUUUCUACAGUUGUUUUGAUUUCGCCUCUUUCUGUAGCAAAUUCUAGGCAAUCUUCCUCCGUACAAAUUGCCUACAUUUUGCUACUUCUUUCUCGAGGUGAGAACGUAGAUUUUGAUUUGCGUUCAUUGAAUCUCAGCGACGAACAAUGGGAAAUUCCUCCUCGAUGCUCACUCAAUAUGAUAUUGAAGAAGUUCAACAGCACUGCGAUAAUCUGUUUACGCAACAAGAAAUAGUGUCACUGUAUCAGAGAUUUUGUCAACUCGAUCGAAACUCGAAGGGAUACAUCUUGUCCGACGAGUUCUUAUCAGUCCCAGAAUUCGCCAUGAAUCCUCUUUCUCAGAGGGUGCUGAAGAUGGUUGAUGGUUUGAACUUCAAAGAUUUCGUGGCAUUUUUGUCUGCAUUUAGUGCUAAAGCUAGCAUCCAACGUAAAAUUGAAUUUAUGUUCAAAGUGUACGAUGUGGACUUUAAUGGGAAGGUGUCUUUCAAUGACAUAAUAGAAGUGCUACAGGAUUUGUCUGGUCCCUUCAUGUCUGAUGAACAAAGAAAGCAAGUCUUGAGCCAACUUCUGGAGGAAGCAGGUUACUCAAAGGAAUCCCAGUUAACCCAGGAGGAUUUCGUUAUGAUUCUUGGCAAUUCUGGCCUGAAAAUGGAGGUUGAGGUGCCUGUCGAUUAAGAUGGUGAAGUUUGGAAACGAUAGAUUACUAGCUGAAGCUUCAUAUAUCAAUGUCUUUCUCAAGCAAUGUUCAUUGUCGAUGGACAACUUCAAUUCCUCAAACAUGUUCAUUUAUGCAAUUAUUUACUCAACUUAAGCCUGUGGCUCGUCUUUUUGUAGACAGAUAUUGAUCUCAAAGAUUACGAACUAUCUUAAUGAAAAUCUCCCUAAAACCAA